AGCCCCGUCUUUUCCUCAUUCCAAUAAAUACCAAGGGCUUGUGGAUUUCAGGGAAUCAGUGUAGCAAAGAAAUGCUGCGCUCCUCAAUCUUCGCCAACCGGAAACGCAAGAAGAAUAAAGAAAAAUCUCAACUCAGCAGCUCAGACGAUGACCUGGACUCUGGUUUCAACAAAAAGGAGCUCCCAGAGGGGGGUCAGCAGCCUCUGUGGUCCCAGGUCAGCCAGGCGGAGGACAGCGGCCAGACGGACGAAGACGGCGAAAAAGACAAGCACAGGAACAGCUCGGAGGAAACCAUCAGGAAAGAAUCUGAGUCGGUCGCCUCCCUCCCUGGAGAGCACAUUCCCUCCGGCCAUCAGAUGCCUCCAUACGCCUCACCUUCCAGUUCCCCAAACCUCAACUACCGCAUGGCGGUAACGCAUCAGUCGUCUCUGUCAGACCCGCCCUCCAACUACGACGACACCGUGUCGGACCUCGGUACGAUGAACAGCACCAGCUCUCAGGCCUCGGUGCCCAGAGCGAGGAGGAACAAGAGCGCGGUUCUGGGCGCGGACGCGUGCCCCGGCGGGCUGGGAGCCGAGGUCUGCUCCAUCACCUCGGACUACUCCACCACGUCCUCCAUGACGUUCCUGACCGGAGCCGAGACCUGCACGCUCAGUCCCGAAGUACAGUCUGUGUCCGAGAGCAGAGGGGGCGAAGACGCCGACGACGAGAGGAGCGAGCUCAUCAGCGAGGGCCGGCCCGUGGAGACGGACAGCGAGAGCGACCUGUCUGUGUUCACCAUCGGGAAAGCGGAGAAGAGCGAACUUCCGGAGUCCACCCGACCGCUGCCGUCGCACAGGCUCAUCGAGUGCGACACGCUGUCCAGGAAGAAAUCCAGCAAGCAGAAAACCGAAAGUGAGACCUCUCUGGACGACAAAGAUCCCAGCAGGUUGUCGCAGGCUGUGGGUUCGGCAAAAGGUCGAUCCAGCGGGAGUCUUAGCUCGUCGUCACGGAGCGAGCAGGAUAAAACGGAGCCGGCGUGGAAGCUGAAGAUAACCGACCGACUGAAGGUCCGCCUGCGAAUGUCCGUGGACGACAUGUUCGGCGUGGGCAGCCAGAGGAGCCGAUCUCCAGAGGGGCGCAGUAAGAAAAAGAACAUCAGGCGCAGACACACGAUGGGCGGGCAGAGAGACUUCGCAGAGCUGUCCGUUCUGGGGGACUGGUCGCAGCCGGUCGGCUCGCGCUCAGAGCUGUCAGCCGUCGAUCGGCUUAAACCGAAGUGCAGCUCUCAGGACUUUUCCAUCGGGGAUUGGAUUGCCCGUGAGCGCCACCGCACCAGCAACCCAGAGGUCAGCCUGGACGUCUCAGAGCAGCUCGGGGCGCUGUGCGGCUCAAACUCCCAGAACUCCGGCGCCCCGUCCUCCUCCGAGCUGGCGCGCGGUCCCGCUGAGGCGUUAAACGGAGAAAUCUCACAGAGCAAAAAUCUGAGCCUGUCUGCCACCGCUCACCCACAUAAACUCACCAGUUCCCAGGUGGUCCAUUCGCGGUUCUACCAGUACCUGUGACAGGUGUGUGUGUGUGUGUGUGCGUGUGUGUGUGUGUGUGUGAAACGUAUUCCUGUCUCUAUAUUCUCUGUCACGUGACCAAUGUUGGUGAAUGAGCAUGUUUACAAACGUUGUCUGGAGUGCGUCUUUUACCAGGUGUGAGUGCGGUUAUAAAAACAGAUGAACCAUUUAUCUAACCUCUGAACAAGGCAUGGAACAAAUGUUUAUAUCUUUUUAAUUUUCUCAUUUUUUAAUGACAAAAUAAGUCAAAAAAAAAAAGGACCUGUUGCUAAUGAAGCGAUGAGCUAGUGAAGUAUGUUGAAGGAUGAGUGAACGCUGGAAGGUGAAAGGCUAUAAGGAGGAUGCGACUUAGAAUAAUAGGAAGUAGUUUAAAAACAAAAAGAAAAGUACAGAUUUUUAGUAUCGCAGAGGAACUAUUUUUGUGUUAAGAAAGUUACAAUGUUUAAAGUCAGCGAGGCUGUCGGUAACCAAAUGAAGAAUGUACAGACAUGCUUGCUGUAAUACUGACUAAAAGCUUUACAUGCUUGUUUUCAUUCUAAAGUGUACAUAUUCUUAUUUUUCUGUGUACUUGAAGUGUGUUUUUUGGUACAGCCUGUGUGCGACUGACUGCCUACAAGCUCUCUGCUGUCAAAGGGGCCUUUCCAAGGGUAUAAAAGUUAACCAGAAGACACUGGACUUAUGCAAAUAGUUGAUACGGUUCAUGUUCAUUCCUGCUGUGUGGUUGGAAAAAAAAAAAAAAAAAAAGCAGUAAACGUGUCAAGCUGUGCUUUUAGACUCGAUGGAUUUUAAUGGGUCACGCAUCUCUCAAUGGGCGGCAGUGGAAUCAAAUGAAAAGCUCUGAGGAUCAAUCAGGAGAAGAAACGAUUAAUUACAAAAAGAAAGUGCCUCACAUUGAAAUGUUAAGGGUGCCAUACUGUCUUUGUUGAAGAUGUUGCUGUGAAUGACUUUUUUUUUUUUUGUUUUUGUUUUUUUGAAUCGACUCAGUCAUUCUGCUGGUAACGAAAAAAUGCCGAGCUUCCAUUCUUUAGGCAUUCCACUCUGGUCUUAAAGGUUUUAUACACCCCUCUCGUUUUUCAUCUCUUGGUUUUUAACGGCACUUGAAUUUUAAAUGUUCAUUGUGAAAAUUAAGAAAGAGUAAUUUAAAUGUGCAAAUAUGCCAUGUUUUAGCUGCUUUGCAUCUCCAUCAGAUCACAGGAUUCAAGUACAGUAUUGUAAAACGAUGAUGAUGGUGGGUGUUGUUGGCAGUUUGGUACUUCUCUGUGCAGAGAGGUUCGCCGAGGGGAGACGGAGGAGGGAUAUUUCAUUGAGUGGGGUUAUUUGUAUGGAUAUAAUGUUCCUCAGAUUGUGAAGAAUGUGCACAGACUCCUGAAACACUGGAAAUAAAUUUUAUGGUAGAAA